AUGGGGUCAGCCCGCCCGGUGGCGGCGCCUCACCUGAAGGGUGGUUGAAGGCGCCUUACGCCGCUGAACGAUCCCCCGUCCGCCGGAGGCAGCGCAGGAGUACGGCAGCGGCGGCCCGGCCGGGGCAACAGGCGGGCCGGGCAGGGCCGAGCGCGUUACGCUGCGUCUGGGGUCCUGGAUCCACGGCCGUCUCACCGCGCUGUGUUCUCCAGCGUUUCCGGUGUGUUUCUGUUAAGGAAAAAAGGAUGAGUGGGGCUGCGUUCCCAUCACCAGCUGCUGAGAUGGCAGAAAUCAAUCGUCUUCAGUAUGAGAUGGAGUACACCGAAGGGAUCAGUCAGCGCAUGAGGGUCCCAGAGAAACUCAAAGUGGCUCCUCAGAACGCUGACCUUGAGAAGAGCAUCCCAGAAGGAUUUCCAAAUGCCAGUGUAACUAUGCAGGUUCCAGAGCGGAUUGUAGUGGCAGGUAAUAGUGAAGACAUUCCACUUUCCAGGCCUCCAGACCUCGACCUUCUUCAGUCUACUCCAUUCAAACCACUGGCAUUGAAAACUCCUCCCCGUGUUAUUUCUCUUAGUGAUCGACCACUAGAUUUUUUGGACUUAGAAAAACCUCCACAACAAAUGACCCCUCAAAAUGAAGAGGUUCGUUCAGUGGGAAGACUGAAGAGAGAACGUUCCAUGAGUGAAAAUGCUACUCGACAGAAUGGCCAGCUGGCCAGAAAUGAUUCCAUGUGGCACAGAUCAGAUACUGUCCCAAGAAAUAAAAUGCCACGGUUCCAGUCACCUCUUUCGACUAAGGAUUGCACUGUGACACCAUCAGUGCAACAGGCUCGUGUCUGUCCUCCCAAUAUGUUGCCUGAAGACGGAACUAAUCUUUACUCUGCUCGUGGCAUUUUAUCGUUUAUCCAGUCUUCCACACGUAGGGCUUACCAGCAGGUCUUGGAUGUGCUGGAUGAAAAUCGCAGGCCAGUGUUACGUGGUGGGUCAGCUGCUACCACUUCCUCUAACCCUCAUCAUGACAACACCAGGUACGGUCUUUCCAACAUGGAUACCACACUUGAAGGAACACCAGACGACAUGACUGUUGUAGAUGCUGCUUCCUUAAGAAGGCAGAUAAUCAAACUUAAUCGGCGUCUCCAGCUUCUGGAAGAAGAAAACAAAGAGCGUGCUAAAAGGGAGAUGAUCAUGUAUUCAAUUACUGUAGCUUUCUGGCUACUCAACAGCUGGCUUUGGUUUCGGCGCUAGACACAGCUCUGAAAGAUUUAGUCGAUCAAAAUACCAACAGAAUUUGCAAAACUCUGUUUCUGAAUUGUAUGCUGUUUUAUAAUUCAUUCACUGGAAACUUCCACCACAGAAAAAAAAAGCCUAUAGAAUUGCAGUGUUAAAGGGACACCUUGUUGUUCAGUUAUGCUGUAUUUAAUAGAUUUGCAUUGUGAAUACUUGCAGUAUCCUCCUUUGCAUGCUUCAAUGUAAAUACGGAUCAGCUGAUUUUGAGAUGAAGCCUGCUUUGUGCAAUGUAAGGAGAGUGUCCGACAGGAAUAAUCACUGGAUUUUUUUGUUGUGGUUGGGAGAGAACAAAUCAAAUUGGGUUUGGGGAAAAAAUAUCAACACAAAGUAAUGAAAUCUAGGUUUUAUUGAUCUGUUGUUAGAUGCAAGUGAACAUCAUUGCACUAGUUCUCCUUCAGUCUAACUUGUAUCAGAGGUGUGCCAUAUUCAAGGAAUGUGUCCUGUUUCAUGAGUAUGUUCCUAGUUUAAGGCUGUGUUCAGGUCAGAUAAUAAAAGGUCUUUGCUAACAUGCA